CACCCCUCUGACCUUCUCCAAUGGGUUUUGAAAAGGUGAAGAGGACGCCAGGGCUAUGCAAUUGAGCUCUUCCUCAUGACAAACAUAAACUGUAUGCAACCUAUAGCAAUGUACUAGUUUCCAGUGUCAUCAAGUCCUCUUUAGACGGAGAAGCUCGUUUCAUUUUUUUACAAUACCAAUUUGAUCCACACGUGGAAACACGUUUCGGAAAUGAGCAAGUUUGCCUUACUGUUUUGUUUUGCUUUCUCAACUUUGUCCUCGUUCACAGCGCUGAAGAGGAACGACGAGCCUAUCAUCGGUGUUUUGGCGCAGGAGGUAUACUCGCCUCGACCACAGAAUGCGUCUUAUAUAGCCGCAUCGUAUGUCAAGUUCCUGGAGUCUGCUGGAGCAAGAGUCGUCCCUGUGAUGAUAAAUAAGACACUGGAAGAGUACAAAACACUGUUCAACUCCAUUAAUGGAAUACUCUACCCUGGUGGUGGUGUUAGCAUCCUCACAUCUGGGUAUGCAAACACUGCUAGAAUCUUUUAUGAGCUUGCCAUAGAGGCCAACUCAAGGGGUGACUAUUUCCCUGUAUGGGGCACAUGUCUUGGAUUUGAGGAAUUGACGUACCUGACCAGUGGAAAGAUGCUUCUGUCCCACACCAACACCAGUGGUGUGGCAUUGCCACUGGUGUUUACUAACAGAUCAAGAGGGAGUAGGAUGUUCAAGGGCUUCCCAUCAGAGCUCCUGGAUGCCCUGGCCUCUGAGCCAAUCACUGAAAACUCCCAUAAAUGGAGUCUCACUUUGGCGAUUUAUAACAGCAAUGCAGACCUUAGGAAGUUCUACAAAGUCCUGACCACAAGCAGUGAUGGGAAAAAUGAGUUUGUGUCAACUAUGGAAGCAUAUGGUUUCCCCAUCUAUGGAACCCAGUGGCACCCUGAAAAGAAUGCAUUUGAAUGGACAAAGCCGUACAUUCCACACUCUCCAUUGGCUGUAAAGGUUACUUUCUUCAUGGCCGAUUUCUUUGUCAAUGAAGCUAGAAAAAACGUUCACAAAUUUGAGGAUGAGGAGGUGGAGAAGAGGGCACUGAUAUAUAACUACAAUCCUGUGUACACUGGAAUCAAGUCAGCCUUUGAACAAAUAUAUUACUUUUGAAAUGAGUGUCUUUUUGAUAUUUUAAGUAGAAAUUGUGGACAACUAUUGAAUUUUAAAAGCCUGUUAUAUGAACUAUUGAUUUUUUUAUAUUAAUAAAGACUUGCUAAAGUGCCAAACAUG